AUGAAUCGAAGCAUUGCGCAGCCCACUGAGACCGUCCAAAGCAUGUUUGCUCAGGAUUCGGGAGCUGGACCUCCCGAAUCUAACAGCCAUGUCGAAAUCCAGCGGUCUAUGGAUCCUCAUGUGUCUCUUGAGGACUACAACCGUACUAUGCUGGAGUACACCCAGCGGCAGAUGUCCUCCUUCGUCGACCUUGAUGACGGCCGUGGAAGUGGCUCUAGCAAUCGAAGCAGUACAAGCGGCGGCUCCAGUCUCAAUGGAAGUCGCACUGGUACCAGCAACGGCGUCGUUGCAAGCCAGGCUAGCACCCCACCCACUUCCGCUAGCGCUGCCGCUGCCAAGCGGCGCAACCUUCAGCAGGGUAACCAGCAGUCUGCUCUCAGCCCUGAUGAGGCUAACCCUCCUCGAUACUAG